AUGGAACCUCCGCCACCGCCGCCUCAUAGAAUGGUUUGAACACGAUUUUUCGUAUUGUAUUGUUGAAAACCGGUGAAAAUAUGUUUUUCAGAAAAUAAUGCAACAACCACCUCCGCCACCUCCACCUUAUGGAAUGGUGUGUUUUUUCUUCAUAUUUUAUUCUCACAAUCAUUAAUAAUCACAGUAAUUAUUGUUUUUUCAAAGACGGGAGAGCAAACAUUCUUCAAUGAGAUAUUGAUUUUUUGAAAAUUAUUUUGAAUUUAUUGUUAGAAAAAUAUUUUAUCCUUAUGACUGAUAAUUGAGAAAUUGAAAAAAGGAUUCGUCUGGAAAACAAAUCAUAAAAUUGUGUUUUUUUACACUAAAACUCUUUUUCAGCAAUAUCCCCAGCCAGGCCAAGCCCAACCAGUUUUUUAUUAUCAACAGCAACAACAACCUAUAAUUUACACAGCCCAACCACAACCUAGAACCGUUAUGUAAGCCUAAACCCCCGGUAAAAAACUUUUCCUUGAUUUUUUUCCAGUGUUCAAGAGGAUUGUCAUCAUCAUCAUGGAGGACAUGGAGGCGGUGGCGGGCCAUCAGCAGAAACGUGUUGUUUAUUCGCACUUUGUUGUGCUCUUUGUUGUGCAUUGAAUAAAUAA